AUGGUAUCCAAGUCCCAGCUCGCUAUUGUGCUCUUGAUAUGCGCAGUAAUUCUACUUUUAACCCAGCCAGUUGUGAGUCAAAAAGGUGCGCUGCGAUGGGGUAAAAGGGACAGCGGUCUUCCUGACAAGUUUGCGUCAGAGAACUUCAGAAAUUGGCGCAUGCAACGGUACAACAAGAAACGGGAAUACCUCGGUAACUUAUUCCUUUUUUUUUCUUUUAUCAAAAACUUCUGGAUUUUGAUUGUAGUUUCAUUACAUUUUCAUUAUCAUCCUUUAAUUGAUGGCCUUAGUUAUUUUUAUUAAACAUGAGUAUUUUGGUCCUACUUGCUCUAACCGAAGGACUGUAUGGAACCUUUCUACAAUUAUUUCAGAUGUGAAGAAUGUUAUUAUUUUUGAGGAAAAUUUCAAAUUAGCAACAGACAUGACUGAGAUAAUUUAUCUACGAGUACAGUUUAUUCAUUUCUUUAUUUAUUUAUUUAUCAAUUCAUUCAUAUAAUCAUUUUUGGGAUCUUAGAAUUUGUGGGCAUCAAAGAUGGUGUAUUAUCCGUUCUAGCCAGCAUUGAUCAAACAAAAUUUCAUUCGAAGUGGUUUAACACUGCAAGAUCGAAGUUAAAAAAUAUUGCAGAGAAUGGAUAUUAGAUAAAAGGAAUUUCAUACACACACAUCAUGGUUUCGUGCUAUUUUUUGAGUUCUCGCCUCGCUCGUUCAUAAAACAUUAUUUUGUUACUAAAAAAACUAUGUUUGGCGUCGCAAUGUAGAAUCUUAUAAAAAUAUUUAUCCCUUGGUGAGGGAGAAGGCUUAAUAUUUGCACCAUUUAUUGCAGUAAUCUGAGCGACAUGAGAUUUAUUGAAUCUUAAAAUCAAUCAUUUUGAUGGAAUUCUUUCGUUAAUUUCCUGCAGAUGAAGAGGGGAACAGAGAUAUAGAAGGAUAUGGCUACGAUUAAAACCGAUUAAAUAUGCAGUUUACAAAGUCCACGUCCCAAGCUUGGAAUUCAUAAAAAUGUUGCUACGUCCUCUAGUAUAUCAAAUUCAGUUGACGUUCA